AUGGUAACAGAUAGUUUGAAGAUAUGCACUGUCUGUGCUUCCAACAACAAUAGAUCCAUGGAGGCUCAUAAACAGCUAAAGGAUGCUGGGUAUGACGUGAAGUCGUUUGGCACUGGUUCUGCUGUGAGAUUACCCGGUCCCUCUAUAGAUAAACCCAAUGUGUACGAGUUUGGAACUCCUUACGAAGACAUAUACAACGAUUUAAUUUCGCAGAACUGUCGUAAGAUGUAUGAAGCCAAUGGUUUGAUACACAUGUUGGAUAGAAACCGCCACGUGAAGCCUGCUCCUGAGAAAUGGCACAGCAACUCAUAUGCUGGCAAGUUUGACUUGGUGAUAACUUGUGAAGAAAGAUGUUUCGACAGCGUCAUGGAUGAUCUUAUGUUCCGUAUGUACAGCAGAAAUGACGAAUCCGAUGUAAAGCAGAUUGUCCAUGUUAUCAAUGUGGACAUUAAGGAUGAUAACGAAAACGCAUUACUUGGAGGAAAAGGAAUACUAAAGCUUGUGACCAUGAUCCACGAGUUUAGACAAAAAAAGAAGGAUGCCGUUGAGGACGAGUCGGAUGUGAUUCUAGAGGAUCAAAUGAUGUCCAUCUUAACGGAAUGGCAGAAAGAAAACACCCAUUUACCCACUUUGUACGGAAUUAGUUACUACUAA